AUGGAAAUAGCUGAUGUAGAGCAAAGCGAACGUCACAUGGUAGCCGACCUCAGACCCUCCGACAGCCAGCGGUUAAGUACCUGGUCGGGGAAACUCACGUCCUUAUCUGUCCACAGCCCAGAGGCCGCGGAAGCAGCCUCGGGAGUUGCCAGGGAGAAAAGCAACUUUCAUUUAAGGUUUUCUAAAACCCCAGAGGGCAAAUGUGACCGUCAGGGUCAGCCAGUCAGCAGUUUUGGUCCAGACGAGGGACGGCCGAGUGGGGCGGUUCGGCAAAGUACUAGCUCUGUGAUUAGAUCGAAUUCCCCAACAACAACAUCUCAGAUUAUGGCAAGAAAGAAAAGGAGAGGGAUAAUAGAGAAAAGGCGUCGAGAUCGGAUAAAUAACAGUUUAUCGGAGUUGAGACGACUGGUGCCAACUGCUUUUGAGAAACAAGGAUCUGCAAAGUUAGAGAAAGCCGAAAUACUGCAAAUGACAGUAGAUCAUUUAAAGAUGCUUCAGGCAACUGGGGGUAAAGGCUACUUUGACGCACAUGCUCUUGCCAUGGACUUCAUGAGCAUUGGAUUCCGGGAGUGCUUAACGGAGGUGGCCAGGUAUCUGAGCUCCGUGGAGGGUCUGGACUCCUCGGAUCCCCUGCGGGUACGACUGGUCUCUCAUCUCAGCACGUGCGCCUCGCAGCGGGAGGCUGCGGCCAUGACGUCCUCACUGGCCCACCACCAUCACCCCCUGCACCCGCACCACUGGGCGGCGGCCUUCCACCAUCUCCCCGCUGCCCUGCUCCAACCCAACGGACUCCACGCCUCCGAGUCAACGCCUUGUCGCCUCUCCACGGCUUCAGAAGUGCCUCCUGCCCACGGCUCCGCCCUGCUCACGGCCACAUUUGCCCACGCCGAUUCUGCCCUUCGGAUGCCGUCAACGGGCAGCGUUGCCCCCUGCGUGCCACCUCUGUCCACCUCUCUCUUGUCCCUCUCGGCCACUGUCCACGCAGCCGCUGCAGCAGCCACCGCAGCGGCGCACAGCUUCCCUCUGUCCUUCGCGGGGGCCUUCCCCAUGCUCCCCCCGAACGCAGCUGCAGCAGUGGCAGCCGCCACCGCCAUCAGCCCGCCCCUAACGGUGUCAGCCACCUCCAGCCCUCAGCAGACAAGCGGCGGAACAAACAGUAAACCUUACCGACCCUGGGGGACAGAAGUGGGAGCUUUUUAA